AUGGAAUCAACACCGUACGACCCUGGCCAUGCGCACCUUCUAAGAGCUCUCAAGGACUCCACUGCGCCUCGCACUGUCGUCGACGCUGUGAUUCAUGUUCUGCAAACCAAGAACGAGGCUCAAAUGCUCCAUGCAUCGCGUCGCCAGAAGCUGGAGAGCCAGAUCGAGAUCCUCUUAGAGGAGAAUGAGCAUCUCAAAUUGCACAAUCGCAACGAUGUGCUUGAUCAGCACAUAUUGAAGUUCAAGCUGGAAAAUCAAGCCAUUGAAUUCCAGAACAAGAUCAGCAGUCUCGAGGCCGACAAGAAGGAACUCCAGGGACUCAUUCUGCAGAAGAACAUGAUGUUGAGAGUGGCCAACGAGACGAACACAGAGCAGCGCCUCGAAAUUGCUGAUCUGAACAACGCCAACGAUGGGCUGGAGGAUAAUGUCCACCUGCUGGCCGGCGAGAACAACCGUCUGCGUACUGAGAACCGCGAGAUGCGCAAGCACAUCACGCAGUUGGAGGGUUAUCUCGAGGAGCUCAAGGUUGCGAUUACCGGACUUAAGCCUGCCACCAACAUCGGAGAUAUCGCCGAUACCCGCGAUGAGAACGAGAAGCUUCGAUCUGAGCUCGAAAUUUUGAAAGCCAAAAUGGGCGAGACGAGCUUGGAUGAUAAUGAUCAAAACGGCGAGGUGGCGUCCUUUGUCGUAUCAGGUCCCAACAUCCCAAAUGAUGUGGGAUAA